CUCCACGUACAACGACGGAGGAGAGAAGAAAACCCAGAAACCUUACAAAUUAAGAGAAAGGGACGAUCGUUUCUCUUUUCUCCGAUCUUAUCGAUUUUUGAAUGAGAUUAGAAGAACAUAUCUUCUAAGCUUUACUCUUAUAUUGACUCUCUCUCUUUGUUCGAUUCCAUGGAUGAGUCGUUUGCUAAUCUACAGACGAGCCAUUUGCUUGGUUCAGUCCCUGCUGUGAUCAGCGACGACAAGAGAAGCACAAAUGUACCUAUAGCAAGCGUAAAUGAAGGCCCUUCGGCAAACAUGCAAAUAUUCCCACCAAAUCUAGGAAACAAUGCAAAGGGUUAUCAAACUCUUGAGAGCCCAACAGAAGGACCUCCUGAACAACAGCCAUCAAACAACUGGAAGGGCUUUUUUAACGUCUACUCAUAUACUCAAUACUUCGAUGUAGACACAGACGUUGUUUUGAACAGAUUGAUGAGCUCACUGUAUCCCACUAGUGGAGAUUUUUUCAACAAGAUUGAUGCAAACCCUGAUUUGUAUGGACUUGUUUGGAUCUGCACUACGCUUGUGUUUGUGCUUGCUUCUCUCGGAAAUUGUGCCACGUAUCUUGUGAAGAAACGAACCCACAGUGAUGCUCCGUGGAUCUUUGAUGUGAACUAUAUGAAUUUGGCAGCAUCUAUAAUCUAUGGCUAUGCAAUAAUUGUGCCUCUGGGAUUUUAUUUCUCACUCCGGUAUAUGGGGUCCAAAGCUGAUCUUCUAAGAUUCUGGUGCCUUUGGGGAUACUCUCUCUUCAUUUUCGUUCCUGCAUCUCUUCCAUUGCUUAUUCCGGUAGAGUUUCUGAGAUGGGUUAUUAUACUCUUAGCUGGUGGCGCAUCAUCGUCCUUUGUUGCCCUGAAUCUACGGUCUUAUUUAGAGACGAACAAUGAUAUCACGGUUGUAAUGGCUGCAGCUUUUGGUCUGCAAAUGGUUCUUUCAAUCUUCAUCAAGGUCUGGUUCUUUCCAUAAUCUCCACAACACCCAAGAAAAACAAAUAUGUAAAAACCUUGAGAUUUUGAUGUGCUGUAGUAGAACAGAGAAUGUCAUUACCAGAGAAUGAAACACCCAAAAGUAAAAGAAGGAACAAAUACACUGAAUCAUGGAUUCGUUUUUAAUGGCUUAGUUUGAUGGUUGUUUUGCUUGUAACUAUUGUGUGUUUUUUGUCUGUCUUGUUAUCUCUUCUUUGCUUGUGGAGUAAGAAUAUUCAAAAGGAAGAAAAUUUUCAAGAUUUAUUGCAUUUUAA